UAUUAAAUCGUAACAAGAAGACUUCCGGGUCCACGCUUCGGCGAUAUGUUGAGUAAACAAUAAUGAUUUAUCACAUGAAAUAUUUCAUUCGGUUUUUGUCCAAGGCCAAAUAAAGUGGCGGCAAGAGAAAAUGGCGCUUUCGUCUAUCUUUUAAGAGUUAAGAGAAAAGCAGUAACCUGCUAACGUGUGCCCUUAGUUAGUUAGUUAGUUAGCAAGCUAGCUAUUCGAUAUAGACUACAGUUCUGCGACUGAGGCAAUAUGUCGAUUCACCCAGGACGACAAGACGAGUCCACAGAGUUUCCACCGGAUUGGGCAGAUGAUGAGCGCAUGUCCUUCUUGUUUUCGGCUUUUAAAGAGAACCGGGAGGUCAACACUGCAGACUGGGACAGUAAAAUAGAUUUCUGGACACCUCUGGUCAUCAGCAGCUGUAGGCGCCGUGGAGCCGUUUGUGUCAACUUGAAUGAACUGAACCAGAUUUUCCGGAGAAAGAACCAUGUGCCUCUUGGUUUGGGUACCGUAGUUCAGGCCAUGGCCAGGUGUGGCAAGGUGCAGAAGGAGUCAGAGUUUGCAGCAAACGUGGACUCUGGAUGGCUGUCGUGGGGUGUGGGGCUCUUGCUGGUGAGGCCGCUUAAGUGGACCCUGUCCACCCUUCUGGGCAGCAGUCGGGUCCCUCUGGAGGAGUCCUUUGUGGUCAUUGAACUGGUUAAGGAGAAGGCUGCGGAGUUGCUGGGUGCAUACCGGCGUUCCCCACUGGCCAGCCGCACCCUCCUGUCCUUCCCGGAGCUGCGUGUGCUGUGCAGCCACGUGUGCCAGGAUGAGACCACACUGUGCCUGGCUCUGCUGCAGCUGCAGAGGGAGAAGCAGGUGACCGUCUCCCUGCAUGAAGGAGAGAAGAUUGUGAAGUUCUCCCAGCCCGGGCAGGGCUGCGUGUCCCCGGUCAGUGACGUUGACCUGGGGAUCUACCAGCUCCAGCGCAGUGAGAAGCUGCUGGGGGAGAGAGUGGAGGAGCUGGGUCUGGAGGCUGAGAGAUGCAGAGAUGAGGCAAAGGCGUUGCUGCGAGAGGGGAAGAAAUCUCAGGCUCUGAGGUGUCUGAGGGGGCGGAAGCGCGUGGAGAAGAGGGCAGACGGCCUCUAUGCCCAGCUGGAGACCAUUAAGGGAAUUCUAGACCGGAUCGCUCACUCGCAGACCGAUCGGCUGGUUAUGCAAGCGUACCAAGCUGGAGUAGCUGCCCUCCGAGUCUCCCUGAAGGAUGUGACGGUGGAACGAGCGGAGAGCCUGGUAGAUCAGAUCCAGGAGCUGUGCGAUUCUCAGGAUGAGGUCAACCAGACCCUGGCAGGGGCUACACUCGACUCCUCCGGUGUGGACACAGAGGAGCUGGAGGAAGAGCUGAAGUCCCUAUUGGACGAGUCUGCCACAGAUGGACAGCCCGGACUGCCACAAGUUCCUUCUGAACCCCUCCCAUCCGGAGGAGCUUCCUCUGCACUCAGUGACAGUUUCCUCGACUCCCUGCCCCCUGUACCCCACUCCCCCUUUGGGAUCACUGACGAGGAGUUGGACAGAGAGUUGAGUCGCCUCACUAUUGCUGACCCAGGUGUAUCGCAAAGAGGCCGUAUCUCAAAGAGGCCGGAGACAGCUCAGUGACCGGCCCAAGCUCACUCGAUCCCUGGGAGUGCCUGAACUGACCAGCCCUGAGAAGUCUGUCUCAGGAGGCUGCAAAGAGUCUUUGGAAAAAGCAAUCGAUGAAAAACAAUGUAUUUUGUAACAUGUAUAUCGCUGUUUGUUAUGUCUUUAAUUUUAUUUGUUUCCUUUUUAAACUUUCGAUUUUAAGAGAGGCCUUUUAAAAAUUGUAUCUGUAUCUGUUUCACUGUAAUAAAAUGAUUGAAAAGUAA